AUGGACGACUAUUUAGGAGGCACAGACACUAUCGAAUCAGCUGUUCAAUUAUGCGACGAUCUUAUCUGUAUAUUUCAACGAGCCGGUAUGUCGCUGUGUAAGUGGUUAUCUAAUAAAAACACAGUUGUAGACGACAUGGUUGAAAAUAAAAAUAACGAACGUGCAUUUGAAUCAACGAUAACAAAAAUACUUGGUCUAACGUGGGACCCCGCUAAUGAUAUGUUUAUAUUUAAAAUAAAUUUAAACAUUUACUCGGAAUGUGAUUUAACUAAAAGGAAAAUAUUAUCUGAGGUAGCCAGUAUUUAUGACCCGCUUGGUCUUUUAGGACCUGUAAUAAUAAGAGCAAAACUCUUCAUUCAAAGUUUAUGGAACAUAAAAUUAGCGUGGGAUGAAGUAUUAACUAAUAAUAUAAAAAUACACGGUUUUUCGGAAGCAUCAGAAAAGGCAUAUGGUGGAUGUAUAUACUUACGAUGCACUGAUAUAGAUGGUAAACAUAGAGUAAGGCUUAUUUGUGGGAAAUCAAAAGUAGCUCCAUUAAAAGUAAUAUCUAUACCCAGAUUAGAACUAUGCGCAGCGUUAUUACUCGCACGGUUAUCUUAUAAUGUUAUGGAACAGUUAAAAUUUAAUAUUAUAAAAAAGUACUUUUGGACGAACUCAAAUAUAGCUUUGGCGUGGAUAUCUUCUCCAUCCACAAAUUGGAAGACAUUCGUUGCUCACCGAGUUGGUGAAAUUCAGAAUUUGUCUUGUCCAUCAGAAUGGGCUCAUGUACGGUCUCAGGAUAAUCCAGCCGACUUACUUUCUAGAGGAUGUGAAGCGAAGUUGUUGAAUGAGAUGCAGUUAUGGUGGCAAGGACCGUCUUGGUUGAGUAAGGAUAAAACGGAAUGGCCAAGUCAAAAUAAUGGAGUAUUAGAAAUUUCAAGCAAUAUGUUGGAAAGAAAAAGUACAACUAAAUUUAUUGGUAAUGUAAUAGAAGAAGCUAAUUUGUUAGACAAAUUUUCAUCUUUAAAUAAAAUUUUACGUAUUAUGGCUUAUUGUUUAAGAUUUAUAGAUAUUAAAGUACAUAAAAAAUUGUUUAAAACAAGUGUUAUAAAUCCAGAUGAACUAAAUAGGGCAAAUAUUAAUUUAAUACGUAUUGUGCAAAAUAAUUAUUUUGCCAAAGAAAUUAGUUGUUUGAUAAACGGUAAAGAGGUGUCAAAGAAAAGUAAAUUGUUACGAUUAAGACCGUUUUUAGACGAUAAACAUUUAAUUAGAGUUGGUGGUAGACUGAAAAAUGCAUUGUCUAUUGAUGAAUGUCAACGUCAUCAUAUAGUGUUACCUGGUGAUAAGUUUCAUAUUGAAUUAGUGUCUGACUUAAGCACGAAGUCUUUUUUAAAUGCAUUAGAUAGAUUUUUUAAUAGACGCGGGAUUGCAAAAAUCUUAUACAGCGAUAAUGCUACAAAUUUCGUAGGAGCUAAUAAAUAUUUAAAAGAAGUUUACGAUUUAUUUCAAUUUGAAGAGCACAAAAAUCAGCUGAUUAAGCAAGUUGCAGAAAAAGGCGUGGAAUGGCGAUUUAUUCCUGCGCGCUCGCCUCAUUUUGGGGGUUUGUGGGAGUCUGCUGUGAAGUCAAUGAAAACUUUAAUUUUAAAGGUGUUAGGGGAGGCAUUUUUAACAUACGAGGAACUAAAUACUAUUUUAAUAAGGGCAGAAGCUUGA